AACACGCUUUUCACACUGCACUUGAGACAACACGGCUUUUCUCUGGCGUCUUUGGGCUUCUUGGGCUUGGUGAGCAGCGGCUAGCGGGAAGCUCAGCUGAGCUACACACUUCCAGGAACUGAAUGCAGAUGUUUGGAGUUUACAAAGCAGACCUGGAGAACAAAGGAGGUAGCCUAGUUAGCUUCACCAGGGAUGAAAGCUACGAGAACGAGUUCUGGUGUUUUAAAACGACUAACAGGGAUUGAAAAAUACACAAACAAACGUGAGGAUAGAACUUAGUGGUGCGCUUUUUGUAUAAAAAAAAAACAAACAGCGAGAAGCACGAAGCUAAUAAUCAUGAGGGACGCGCGAGUUAAAGAUGGAUGAAUGAGGAGUAUGGAUAUGGUAACAUCACAGAGAGAGAGAGACAUGGCUCAACAUGGCUUAUGAGACGGAGAAGACAUGCCUGUUGAUUCCUCGGGAAUCGCGGGCAUCCUGUGUGUUCCACACGGCGGAUGAGAAAGAUGAAAUUCCAGGCAUGGGAGAGGACAGUGUUUUAGAGAUGCUGAGUUAUUCAAAGUUCAUGGAUCUGGAGUCGUGGCUGUGUAUGCCAUCAACGUUGCUGCCCAGGAGCUUGGACUCUACCUGCUCUGCCUCACCACUGUCUACUGAUAGUGACUCUGGAGAUGCUGAAACCAGCAGGCCCCCUGAGAGGAAGUCUAUCUAUCUGAACCACUCCCCAGAAAGGGAAAGCUGUCAUGUGCCACCUUCCCCCACUGUGCCAGUCUCUGUGACCCCUCAGUCCCCUGUGGCCUCGCAGACCUGCUCCACUCCAGGUCUGAAGCCAGGCACACACUCCUAUCAGGACAUUGCGAGUGUAAGGAAGCGCCGCCGACUUGCUGCCAGCCCCGGAGGACUGCACUGGAAUGCUUCAGGUUCAGUGCUGCGUGAGUAUGAGCGAGGAGAGGCGGCUAGUGCGUCGCAACUGAAACGUGUCCCUAAACCUUUGGAGUCUGCGAAACCUGGUGCAGAGCUGUGGGGGGACAGAGCGGCACUCAGGAAGUGUGUGUCGGUGGAUGACAGGCUGCUGCAGCAGACGCCCACAGAGCCCGGCACACUGCUGAGCCGCCUGGAGAGAGGAAAGAAGAAACUCAGGAACAUCCACAGCCUUGGGGAGACUGGAACAUACGAAACCCGUAAAAAAUCCGAGAGCAAGAUUUCCCGCCUGGCUCAGAGACUCAACCAAAGGCAGAGAGAUGCCGCGCUGAUCAAGGACUUUCGGCCGCUUCUCUUCUUCAGUGUUUCUCCAGGGAGCUCACAGAGUCUUGACAGGAGCUUCUGUGUUAGUAUGACCCAGCAGAUGCAGAACCUCCAGCUGAGCCACAAUAAGAAGGGGGCCGCUCCCGCCUCCCCCAGCGCAGCCAAGCGCCUUUACCGCAACCUCUCCGAGAAGUUCAAGGGCAGUCACUCGUCCUUUGAGGAUGCUUACUUCUUUGGCCGCUCAGAUCGCAUCCGCAAAGCCUCAAAUAUUCAGUGCAGCGAGGCUUUAUUCGAGGCUGUGGAACAGCAAGACCUGGACGCUGUACAGAUCCUUCUGUUCCAGUACACAGCAGAUGAACUGGAUUUCAAUACACCCAACAGCGAAGGGCUGACCCCGCUCGACAUCUCCAUCAUGACCAACAAUGUGCCAAUAGCCAAGCUGCUGCUCAAAGCGGGGGCCAGAGAGAGCCCACAUUUUGUGAGUCAGGAAAGCCGUGACGCUCAUCUCUCAGCACUGGUGCAGGAAGCGCAGAGGCGAGCGAGCGAGCUCUCCACACAGGUGAUGAGAGAGAGCCUCAGUCUGGAGACGUCAGACAAGGAGAAGCAGCUCAAGGCCUGGGAGUGGAGAUGCAAGCUCUACAAACGCAUGCGCACUGGAUUUGAGCACGCACAGGCUCCAGAGACUCCGACAGCUGUGCGUUUGACUGUGAGCAGCAGCACAUCUCUCACUGUCACAUUUCAGGAGCCAGCCAGCAUCAAUUCAACUGUGGUCACCAGAUAUAAAGUGGAGUGGAGCUGUCUGAAGGACUUCUCUUUAUUAGCUGGAGAACUGAUCCUUGAAAAUCUACAGUGUCUUAAAUGUACAAUAACAGGCCUUACAACGGGGAGGCAAUACUAUGUUCGGGUAUCUGCCUACAACAUGAAGGGCUGGGGGCCAUCACAACUCUCUCAACCUCCUUGUGCUGUUCCCUCCAACUGGAAGGAGAGCGAUGGUAGAGAGUCCCGGCGGAGAGGGCACAUUGAGGCCAUGGAGAGACUGCUCCAGCAGGUCCGCGCCACACACCAACACUACAGCUGUGGAGACACGUCAAAGCUGCAGAACCCCAGUCGCAAGCAAUCGGUCUCUAGAAGCCUGAAACAUCUCUUUCAUUCCUCCACUAAAUUUGUCAAAACUCUCAAAAGGGGGAUCUACAUAGCCGCAGUGUUUUAUCAUAAGGACAGUCUGCUGGUGACUAAUGAGGAUCAGAUACCCAUCGUGGAGGUGGAGGACUCCUACAGCAAUUCCCUCAUGCAGGACUUUCUGUGGUUUACCAAGCUUUCGUGUAUGUGGGAGGAUGUCCGAUGGCUCAGGCAAAGCAUGGCUAUUUCCUCCUCGUCCUCGUCCACGCUGCAGUCCAGGCAGAAGAUGCUGGCUGCCGCCGGCCAGCUACAGAACCUUCUGGGCACGCACAACUUGGGCCGCGUCCACUACGAGCCUAUUAAAGACCGCCAUGGCAAUGUGCUGCUGGUGACAGUCAGGGAGAUGGACAGCUCCUAUUCGUUCUUCAACGGGAAGUGGAUGCAGGUGUCCAAACUGCAGAGCCAGAGAAAGUCUCUGUCCACCCCUGAAGAGCCUUAUGCCCUGGACAUCCUGCUCAUCACCAUACAGGACAUCCUGGCGUAUCAGCGGCGAAGUCAGCACCGUCUCUCUCCAGGCCUGUAUCUGGGCUACUUGAAGCUCAGCAGCUCUGUGGAUCAGAUCAAGGUGCUGGUCCCACAGCGAACACCCAGCAUGCUUUGCCAUUCCAGAAUACGGGACAACUGGAAUGUCUCCAGAGAUGAGUGGGAAUGGCUGAAUGCCCUGUCUGGGCCUGAGGAGGUGGAAAGAGCAGAUCAGGCAGCAGACUGCAACGCUCCCUUGCUCUUCUGCGAGCUCCAGACAGCCAUUAAGAAUCUGCUGCGCCAGAUCAAUCUACCUCUGCACCAGGCUAAGCACUUCCGUCUCUACACACAGGAGGUGCUCGAGUUGGGUCACAAUGUGUCCUUUCUUUUGCUGCUGCCUGCCUCAGACGCCGUGUGCACUGCCCCGGGCCAGACCAAUCCCUACACACCCCACUCGGGCUUCCUCAACCUCCCUCUUCAAAUGUUUGAGCUCGUUCACUUCUGUGCAUAUAAGGAGAAGUUCAUUAGCCUGUACUGCCGCCUGUCCUCUGUGCUUGACCUGGACGCCUUGAUAACCCAGCAGGCUUUGAGAGAGGCCAUAACAGAUACUGAACUGUCCAUUGCUAAACAAAGACACCAACAUAUACUUGACUAUAUUCAGCAAAUGGACGAGAUGUGGCGAGAUAUCCGGUGGAUCACUGAUGCCCUGCAGUAUGCCCGCUAUAAACAGCCUCUGGGUGGUGUGCCCAUCACAAGGCUGGUGGAUGCCAGCUCAGAACCUGUACCACAGAAGUAUGACUCCAUCUCUUCCAAUGCAGACUACCUGCCUACUCCAUCUCCCUCACCUGAGUUAAGAAGAAAGGCUACAGACGACUCUCAGGCGGUCUCAGAUGAAGAAGGCUGCUCUGAGGUCUUCCUUCCGACAGACAGCGACUAUGACUCCAGCGAUGCUCUGAGCCCACGAGAUCUAGACCUGGUUUAUUCUUCAGCCCAGGAUCUAUCCCAUCAGGCUGUGCAUACACUGAGCGGCAGCGCCCCUGAUGUCCUGCAGAUGCAUGACCUCAAACCCAGCGCCUGCUCUAAGCUGAUGCUGGAGACUGAAUCCUUCACUAAAGACCUGGAGGAACUGUCCCUAUCUUCUUACUCCAGCAGAUCGUCAGAAAAGACGUCCCGCUACAAGCGCAAGCUGCUGUCUAGGAGCCAGCCCCAGAGGAGCUGCUUCAGCGGAACACAUCGCUGGCUGAGGGUCCAGAGUGAGAACCAGACAUCUUCACUUUCAGAGGGAGUUUACACCCGGCAGAGUGAGCUGGACCUGCCUCUAGAGCUCCCUGUCUCUUUCCCACACUCCUCCUACAGCAUGGACGAGUGGAAGGGGAAUAACAGGGAGAGCAAACCCACGGUGCGCAGGAUCUUUGUGGAGUCGUGCAGUGAGACGUCCCCGAGCAGAGACGGUGCUCGAUGGCCAGAUGAGAAGGAUGAGGAACAUGGAGGAGCUGCAGCAGGAGAAACGACAGCUCAGGAAGUGGACUCGGAUGACCAAACCAAUGAGCUGGUUUCUGAAAUACUCAGCAGCACUCUCUAAAAUAAACCAUCCUGCAUUAUUAUAUGUCAUGUUGAUGUGUUUUGUCAUAUUGCCACCAGACAGCCUCUAAGUGAAUACAGUUAUGGCAUGCAGACUCUCUGUGUUGUAGUAUGUGGAAAAUUCGUUAAUAGAAUGUGCAGGAAGAAAAAAUAAGUUGCUGGUCAACUCUGUAGAACUCAAACCGUGGCUAUGACUGUUAAUAUACUUACUAUUAAUGCAACAUGAAAUAAUGUGCUGCUUUAACCUUUGAACUUGAAACUGCCUCUGCAUAGACUGAUAUGACAGGUGAAAGGUGAAAAGUAGUACUUAAAUUCCCAGUCUUUAGAAUCGGCUUUCAGGUUCAGUUCUUGCCUCUGGCACACACUUACUCUAACCUGAAAAAUUCAUUAGUGUCAGAUAUAAUUAAAAGAGAAUUUAGUCAUGAUCCGAUGGUGCUGAAUAGAAACAAACAGUUCACAUUACUAAAGCAUGGCUUCCAGGCACUUCUAAACCAUUGAAAAUGAUCAUGGGCUCAGAAUCGUAAAUUAUCAAAUCACCUUUAUAAAGGGUCUUAAAUGACUUGUUCUAGAAGGUGUGAGUGGAUGAAAACCCUUUAGAAACAUGCAGUGUGGGUAUUUGGAAGCUUUUAACUUGUCCACUUUGUUUCAGAAGCGAAAGCUAGUGAACAGGCAGAGGUCUUUGAUAACAAACAGCUCGACUUGCAUUCAGUUUACCUCUUUCGAAUGAUUUGUAGUGUACAUAUUUUAUUAUCUGACGUGUCAACAGCGUGAAAUGUCUGUCCAAGUUUCUUGGGGUGAUCACUAUCUUGCUGGCAUUAAAACCACUCAUGUUUUAUGAACAGGCACAUAAAAAGAGCACUUUAGAGACCUGUUUACAUCCUUUAUGCAGCAAAUGCAAGUAAAGUUGACAUUUUCGUUCUCCUGUUGGCCCUAGUAAAAAUAAAACAGUUUUUUUUAAAUAUUUUUUUUUCAUUUUGCUUUUAAUUUUGGUACUGGACAUUUGUACCACUUUAUAUGAAGGGUAUGCACCACUUGGCGACUCUUGGUGUCUUCAAAGCCAUAGAGAUUUUAAGUGUAUGGAGAAUUAUAUUCUUAAAAAAACAAUUCUGUCUGUGGAUUCAGUACUGCACUGAUAGUGGGGUUGUAUACAUUCAGCCACAAUAUAUCUCUGUAAAUUUAUAACGGCUAAUCCAUGCAGUUUCACUUUAAUAACAGUAUGUAGAAUAGACUGGAUACUUAAUAUUGAAGUAUUUAGAGACAAAGCGCUCUUUGUCAGGACAAAAGAGGCAACAAGGGCAGCUUAUGUGAGCAACAUAGUGAAAUUGUCUGUUGCACUGUUAUGACUUGUUGAUGUUGCAGUGUAUUACAAAUAUGUAUUUGCACCAUGGUUUCCUCAAAAAAUGUUUCUACUGCACUUCUGUCCUUUUAAAGAUUGAAAUUGUUCCAUGCUCCCAAUUUCUGUACAGUGAUGUCAGUUGAACUAAUGAUAAAAUGCACUACUUUAUCUUGUGUGUGUGUGUGUGUGUGUGUUUGGGCUCAGCCCUGAGUAUUUACAGUAUGUGUUCUGCCUGUUCCCUAAUCAGUAAUGCAUUUAAGUAAAAAUUCACUGCAAUUACUUUUGUUUAAACAAUUCUCAUUCCAGAUAAGGUUAAAUGAUACGUCUUUGUCAUUAUACCUUUAUACUGUGCACACAGCAAGCCAAAAGCAUUGAAGAGCAUCAUAUCUGUAUAUUUUUGAAUUAUGCAUUUAUUGAUCCAAAUAAUAUAUUUGUGUAUCAUAUUUUUGACAGUUACUGUGUUUUAUCCCUGUUUCUAUUGUUACUCAUUAGCUUUUGCAAUGCAACUGAAUCUGACCAUGUGGCAGAUGUGUUUAUGAACUUACAAGCAGAAAUAAAUCACCAACUCAUUGUA